AUGGCCAGCAUGACUGUUUUUCUUUCUUUUGUUCAGAAAAGCAGAAACGACUUAUUCAGAAAAACAAGAAAGCAUGAAAUUAUCAAAACUAUCCUGGAAGCAGCAUCUGUAACAGAUAAAGAAACAUGUAAAAUACCAGAAAGACAUCUUCAAAGGAGCAGAACAUUGACUCCUGCACAAUUCCUGGCUUUCUCCAAACACCCAGAACAAGAGACUCAAGCUGUCUCUCGAGCAGCUGAAAAAAUGGAAGCUUCAAUACAAGUUUUAAAAGAAAAACUUCACCAGAAGCACAAAAGAUCAUUGCUUCCAAGUGAUCUGUUAUCUACUGAUGUGCUCAAUAAGAUAGCCAAUAUAUCUGGAUGUCUACCAUAUAUAUUGCCACCAAAAUGCUCCCCAAAUUGUAUGACCAGUAAAUACAGAUACAUCACUGGUGUUUGCAACAACAGAGAACAUCCUAGAUGGGGAGCUUCCAACACAGCUCUCGCUAGAUGGCUUCCUCCAGCUUAUGAAGAUGGACUAAGUCAACCCAGAGGAUGGAAUUCAGGUUUCUUGCAUAAUGGAUUUCCAUUGCCAUCGGUGCGUGAAGUAACAAGAAAAAUUAUUGAGGCAUCUAAUGAGGCUGUUACAGAAGAUGAGCUACAUUCUGAUAUUUUCACUGUAUGGGGACAAUACAUAGAUCACGACCUUUCUUUUACACCUCAGAGUACAAAUCAGCCUUCCUUACUGGGAGAAGUAGACUGUCAGAAGACAUGUGAAAACCAAAACCCGUGCUUUCCAAUACAGCUGCCAAGUAAAGAAAGAAAUACAACCAGCUGCAUGCCUUUUUACCGUUCAUCUCCUGCCUGUACCACUGGUUAUCAUGGAGUCCUCCUAGGAAACUUAUCAACCCUAAAUCCAAGGCAACAGAUUAAUAGUCUAACCUCCUUCUUAGAUGCUUCAACAGUUUAUGGUAGCACACCAGCAAUAGAAAGCAAACUGAGGAAUCUGACGAGCAAAGAAGGCCUCCUAAGAAUAAACACGCAAUACUUUGACAAUGGCCACGAGUACCUGCCUUUUGUCGACAGAGUCCCUUCGCCUUGUGCACAAAACCUCAAAGCAGAUAAAGUAGAAAGGAUUGAAUGCUUUAUGGCUGGAGACAGCCGAUCUAGUGAAGUUAUUUCAUUGGCGGCUCUGCAUACACUAUGGUUGCGAGAGCACAAUCGCUUGGCAAAAGCUCUGAAGAAGCUGAACCCCCAGUGGAGUUCUGAAACUGUCUAUCAGGAAGCUCGCAAAAUUGUUGGGGCUCUACAUCAGAUUAUUACCAUAAGAGACUACAUCCCCAAAGUUAUUGGUCUGGAUGCUUUUAAUCAAUACAUUGGUCUCUAUAAAGGUUACAAUCACACAGUAAAUCCCGGUGUAGCCAAUGUCUUCUCUACAGCAGCUUUUCGCUUUGCUCAUGCUGCAAUUCAUCCAAUAAUAAAGAGACUCAACACACAGUAUCAGAAUGACCCAAAUCUUCCCAACCUUCAUUUGCAUGAAGUCUUUUUUACACCCUGGAGACUCAUUAAAGAAGGUGGUUUGGAUCCCUUGCUAAGGGGAAUGUUGGCAGCUCCUGCGAAACUCCAGGUACAGGAUCAGCUGCUGAAUGAGGAACUAACUAAGAAGCUCUUCGUGUUGUCUAAUAAUGGUUCACUGGAUUUAGCAUCUCUAGACUUACAGCGGGGACGUGAUCAUGGGCUUCCAGGUUACAACGAAUGGCGAGAAUUCUGUGACUUGCCAGGACUAAGGACAGAAACUGACCUGGCAACAGCAAUAGAGAACAAGAAUGUUGUUAAAAAAAUUAUGGAACUAUAUGGCAACCCUGACAACAUUGAUGUCUGGCUAGGUGGUAUAGUCGAAAACAUUUUACCAGGUGCCAGGACAGGCCCAUUGUUUGCUUGUAUAAUCGGAAAACAAAUGAAGGCACUCAGAGAUGGUGACCGCUUUUGGUGGGAAAACAGUAAUGUCUUUACAAAUUCUCAAAGGCAUGAACUCAGAAAAUAUUCUUUAUCCAGACUGAUCUGUGACAAUACAGAUGUCAGUGCAUUACCCCUUGAUGCUUUCAUGCUUGGAAAGUUUCCUGAAGAUUUUCAGAGUUGUGAAAAUAUACCCAACAUUAAUUUAGAAGCUUGGCAGGAGACCCUUCAGCCAGAGGUUACUUGUGGUCUCCCAACAAGAGUGCAGAAUGGUGAGUUUGUAUAUUGUUCAGAGGCAGGAAAAUCCGAGGUGACCUACUCAUGUUAUCAAGGAUACAAACUACAAGGAGAAGCACAAUUAUCUUGCACAAAGAAGAGGUGGAAUAUGGAUCCACCAGUCUGCCAAGAUAUCAACGAAUGUGAAAACAAAACCAGUUCCCCAUGCCACUCCUCUGCCAGAUGUGUGAACACCAAAGGCAGUUUCCAGUGUCUUUGUACAGAUCCUUAUGAAUUGGCUGAAGAUGGACAAACAUGUACUGAUUCAGGAAGGUUUCCCAAGAGCUCUGUAACUGCCAUCAUUUUGGGCAUCAUUUUGUGUUGUUGUUUGGCAGUCACAAGCUGGUUCGUGAUUUGUUGGUGGUAA